ACAGGAACCAUAGGAAGGAAGGCGAAUAAAUCAAGAUGGCGUCCCACUAUGAGGCAGGAAAGAGAUUUCGAUUCCAAUAACAUUUAUUUUAAUAUACAGUUUAAAUAAGGUGUCUUUGCGGGGAAGUGUACAUACGUUUUUGGAGAGGCAAGACGGAGCAGAUACUACUGACUCUAAAUGGCUGCGAGGAAGUCUGAUACCCACAACAAUGGACCCAUCAGCUACCUUGAUGACGUUCCCUUUAAAAUCAACAAUAAGUUCCGCUGCCCUGCCAAAGUGGGCCUUCCUGUUGGCUUCUGCCUGCCUGACUGUGGCUCUGUGCUCGCAGACCUGCAGUAUGACUUCUCCCUGGAGAGGCGGAGUGUGCGCUGGGGGGUGGAGCUGGCCGAGGCCAGGGCAGCGGAGGUCCGAGCUGGAGAGACGGCCAGGACGGAGCUGGAGAGCAGGGAGCACUCGCCCCCCGCCCAGGACCCUGACGGAGGAUUGGCCGGCGGGGGGAAGAGGCCCCGCCCCGCCGAGGAGCAGGACGCUCUCCCGCCUGCAAUGAACCCGCUGAUGGCCGCCCUGCGCCACAACGCUAUCCUCACCCCGCUGCCCGCCCCCGCCAGGCAGAACGCUCCUAGCAUCCCUGAGCCACAGUACCUUAACCUGGCUGACUUUGAGCGCGAGGAGGACCCCUUUGACAAGCUGGAGCUCAAGACACUGGACGAUAGGGAGGAGCUGCGCAACAUCCUCCAGAGCCAGCAGCAGUCUGAGGAACCCCAGCCCGAGCCGGCAUCACGAGGCAGCACCCCUCCACCCCAGCUCUCCGCCACCAGCCUUCCGGCCAAAACGGCCUUUGCCCACAAACCCAACGGACUGGUGGCGCUACUGGACAUGGACACAGUGGGGGGUAUGGCCCAGGGACAGACAAUGGAUCCCGACCGGCCCUGCAACAUCCGCUCGCUCACCUUCCCCAAGCUGUCGGACCCCGGGGACUUGUCAUGUGACUCCUACUCUCCAGCCCCUGUACCACCUAGCCUAUCCAACGGCAGCCCACCGGCACCCCAGCAGAAGACAGAGGAGCCACCCAGGCACACCCAACAUGGGGCACCAAAUCAGAUAAAUGCAGGUCCUCCCCCUCUCUCGUGCGGAGCGGCGCUGCUCAACUUGUCCCCCAGUGGGCGGCAAUGUGUGGAGACCGUCGUGGCCAUGGGCUACACCUACGAAGGGGUCCUGCGGGCCAUGCAGAGGCAAGGCCAGAAUGUGGAGCAGGUGCUGGAGUACCUGUUUACUCAUGCGCGUCUUUGUGAGCGGGGAUUUGAGCCCAGUGCCGUAGAGGAGUGCUUAGAGAUGUACCAGUGCUCUGAAGAGAAGUCCUUAGAGUUCCUGUCGUUGAUGACGCGGUUUGGCGAGAUGGGCUUUGAAAGGGACACCAUCAAGGAGGUGCUGCUGGUGCACAACAAUGACCAGGAAAAGGCUCUGGAGGACCUCAUGUCCCGCGCCACAGCCAGCUGAGCCCCCCCAACCAUCCACCCACAUGCUCCUUGCUGGCUUCCUCCCAGUACUACCCUCCCACCCCACACACCCACAAUCCCCCCCAUGUUCCAAAGGUGUUACAGCACAGAGGGGAGAACUCCCACCCAACGCAGCUCAUGACUUCCACUCAUGAUCCCACUCUGUUCCACUCUCACACAGUGACUCCAAGCGAGCAUACGCGUACACUUCCACGUCUAUUCUUCUGUUCUUAGAGUGUGGGGCAGGGGUAAAUGGAAGAAUAUGAGCACCUGCGAAUUGAGGGGGUUGGUUUGUGCUGACCACACCAGGGAACCUUGCCUGUUUUACUUUUCCUAGCUUGUCAAUCAACGUGUGUGCACUGUGAUGGUUGGAAAGGUGGUGUGAACUUCCCAAAGGAGCGUAGAGGAGGUGACCCAAUGCUGGACAGCACUUUGAUGAGUGUCUGACUCUGUGGGUGGGGACAAUGGACCCAGAACUGGGAGGAACCACUAGCCAGGCUCUACUUUCUACAGAUGCGCAGUUAACACUGACGCUCCCGGCUAACUAAGCUGCCAUCUUCCGCUGCCCAGCGUAGGCCUACAAAAUGGUAGAGGGGAGGGGACGCCAAGCGUGACUAACUGACCGACUGACGGCCAGAACCUAAAAACACAACUGGCAUCAUCGCAGAACAGUGAACUGACUCCAAGAAGUGCCCCCUCUGUUCCCGCGACUGGCGUUCACCGAUCUCCCUCUGUCAUAUUUUCUCUGCUGUCGUUUUGCUUGUUAAUUUGUCAUUCUUUUUUCCUGAGUCCUUGUAUAGAGAUCCUCUUUCUUUGCUUUCUGUUUUAGGAACUGCAUUAACAGACCCUUAAAAAAAUAUAUAUAUAUAUAUAUAACUGCUACUACUGCCCGUUGGCUCAUCUUGCACUGGAACGGACCAGUGGAGAAGAGGUGGUCAUUUAUUUAGCAGGAAACAUCAUGUCCAAACGCAUACAAACACUCACUGGCACAGAGAAGUGUGACAAACUGCACAGACACACACACCUUACCAACAUAGAUAUUGACUUAUUUAAAAUUACAUUGACAUUUAAUAAUAAAGAGAUCAAUGUGAUAAAAAAUGUGAACCUUGUAUGAGAAGCAAGCACUAUGAUGCAAGUGGUGCUUUGAAACGGUCCCUAUUGGUUUUGAUUCAGACUGAAUCAGAAAAAUAAUGGAAAUGUUUAGGUUGUUUUGCAACCAAACCUUUUGUGCAAUAUGCUUUAUGAUAUGUGACUGACUGGCAUCUUUUUGAGACCCAGUGAGCUUUUGGGUCUGAGCAAUGAGCAACUCCCAAAAUGACGGAUUGCCUUUGCUGGUGACACGCUCACUAGAGGAGGAAAUCUGAAGAAAACAUUUGAUUUCAUUGUUUGUCAUUUACUCUCCUCAUUAUUGAAGUUCAGGCUCCGCUAUCAACUAUGAUUGUGGUGUUUGUCUGACUCGUGGUCACACACAUUCAUGCUGAUCUGAAUGUGUUUUCGCCUCUGCCUGGUGUCAUGCAUAGGAGUCGAACUGGCAAAUCUUCCAAGAACGGGUCAGAAGAUCAAACAGCUUGUCAGUUAGAUAUUAACCAAAUUUGUUAGGGUGAUAUUUUAUUUUCUAAUUGUACUACAUAUGUUUUCAACUCUCAUUGACCCUUUUAUUUUGACUACUGACCUGUGUGAGUCUACAGGUAUUUUUGAAGUGCGAUGAUGAUGCUCUUAAUCUUGUGUGCAAAAAUGUCCUCUCCCAACCAACCAGCCAGUUGAUUCACGCUUCAUGAUUACUGUAAUGGCCAAUGUCUUUAUAAUACAACAGUCUUGAUCUCUCUCUGGUAAUCAAGGGGAUCUCAUGUGACACAUUACAACAUUUAAGAGUUGAAUUUAAGAUUAAGGGCUGAAAAGUUUAAUGCAAUACAUGGGAACAUGACUGAAAAUUGGCACUAAGCUCCGAGGUUGUACCUAGUUCUACCAUCUGAAGACGUGAACGAACGAUUGUUACGAACGAUUUACAAAAUCACAUAGGCCUACUAUUGUAAGAAGAAUCUGUUAUUGGGAGCAUACUGUCUGUAGAGUUUGAUCUUUGUAUUGAUAAUAUGUUGCCAAUAUGUGUGUGAGUGACAGAGGAGAGCAGACAGAAGGGGCUUUCUGGCUUAAGACACUGGACCCUACGACGUUAACAGAGCGCUUUGUACACCAAAAUGUCAGUCGGAACCGGUCCAGAACUACUCAAAGUCCUCUAAAUGGGUGUCUUAACAUCUGAGAUAAAAACACCCCAGAUUCCAUUAUGCAUUAGGAUAGCGUCUAAACGCGAGGCCACCUCCAGACCAACAUGUUGCCUCCUGAUAACUGGUACAUUUCCUUUCAACACGACUGGCGUUCCUGGUAGCUCCUGAAAUGUGAUUUUAAAAAUGUAAGUUUCCUCCUGAAUCAUUUGGCAGUUCUUCAAUGUGAUUAAACUUACACAUCUUUUCAAUGGUGUGGCUGUUACUAUUUA